ACACCAAUAAGGAAAUCAAGGCAUAAGCUGAAAAAUCGUAUUGAUUCAACUGAAUUCCAUAAUUACAAAAGAAUUCAAUUACCAAAAUACUUAAACAUCUUUAUAUCUGGUCUACUAGCAUCUAGGCCUAGAAUUUAGAGACUUUUGUUCUUAGCCUUUUUCUUGGAUCUAGAUCUAUCAUUUUUAAAAUUAACUUAGACUAAUCAUUGUCACAUGAUUGUGAUUGUUAUAUAUUGAUAAUUUGAUAUUUUACUAUUUAAGUAUUUAGACUUAUCUAGAUCUUGUUUAUCUAGUUGAAACUGAAAGUUUAUUAUUUGAUUCAAUCCCUUGGGUUAAUUUGUUGCCUUUCUUCCUGGUGUAAGAAAUAAUUUAUUAUAUCUAAAUUUAAAAGAAUGUCUUAUUAUCAAGCUAGUGGUAACUACCAGCCGCAGCCUGGAAACUAUAUGUACCAGGGAGGACAACAUCAACAAACUAUGUACCAGUAUGCACCCCAACCACAGCCACAGCAAUAUCAAAUGUACCAGCAGUCGAGUCAACAUUAUGGAUCAUAUGGGACUUAUUAUACCAAUAGUGUAUUUAAAAUUAAUGCAUGGGAGGCAUAUCAACUAAGACAAUCAAGUGAUCUUGAAAUGAUUUUUGUUCAAGAGAUGCAAAAAAAUCCAGAAAAUAUGAUGAGAAAUGCCAUUCAAGCCGAGGAUUUGAUGAAUGUUUUAAAUAAUACACCAAGCAUCAGGAGCUAUUUUAGAACCAACUGGAGUAGAGAAAUGUGCAGCAUAAUGAUUGCAAUGUUAGAUCGCUCUCAGGAUGGCUUUAUGCAAUGGAAUGAAUUUUUAGAACUACAGCAAUGUCUAGUGGCAUGGUUCAAAGUUUUCUGCCAAUAUGACUUUGAUAGGUCAGGCUUUAUAGAUUCUACUGAACUAAUCAAUGUCAUUAAACAAUUAUUUGGUUACCAAAUUCAGCCUGACACACUGGAGACUAUUUUAAAAAGAUAUUCCAGGGUUGUUCCCCCUCACAGUCGCUGUAUUAUAGCUUUUGAUGACUUUGUUGCUAUUUCUGUUCGGCUGAGAGCUUAUACAGAUGCCUUCAGAAGACGUGAUAGUUUAAUGCAUGGUGGACAUGAGACUGGCAGUUGUACUCUAGGAUAUGAUGAUUUCCUACGAUGUGUAUUGUGUUUGUGAGAUGCUAGCUACAAGCUUGAGACCAGAAUAACUGAAGAAAUAUUCAGAGUACUUUUUUUAUUUCAAAAAUAAUAUUCAGCAUUUUCAAAGACAAGAGUCUAUAUUACUUUCCAGCUUAAGACAGUGAAAAUUCAUUAAAUUAAAGUCACGUACAUAAAACUUAAGAUUGUAAGAUAUUUCAAUAAAAAAAACUGUCUUAAUGUAUUCUGAUGUUAGGAACAGUUGUACAUCUUUUUUUUUUAACAUUGAUAUAUUAAUGUAAUAAAUAGAGAACAAACUACGGUAAAACCAUUGUUUCUUAUGCUGGUUAGUUAAAUUAUAAUUGGAAUGUAAGCCCCAAGUUGUAUAUAGACCUUUUAAAUAUUUAUUAAUAAAUUUCUUCAAAGAGAA